UAUAUAUAUACAAGUUCGAAAUGUUCAUAUUUUUAAAAAAUUGAUUUUAAUUUAAAUUGUUCAGUUUGUAUAAACUUAUGCACAGAUUUAGAACGCAACUGGUGGGCAGGAAUGUAACACUUUCAGGGACAACUGCAAAUUAGACUGUAACUCUAAACAGGGAUACCUGGGUAGUCAGGGACAACUGCAAAUUAGACAUCACACUAAUUUAAAUAUACUUUUACUUUAAAAGAAUUCACAAUAAGGGUGCAGAGCUUUACUAUAUCAGCAAAACACAGAGUUCAUGUCAACAUUACUUUGUCCAUCAAAACUAGAAUUGCGUGGGCUAAGGAUGCCUUUCCUAGUGACAAAAGUGUUCUUUAACAGUUUAUUAAUAGCAGGACAUAGCGACUUGCUUUUUUCUAGCUGUAUAAUAAGUGUGUAUUAUAUGAAAUCUCAGCUUCACCAUGCUUAUUUUUCCUUUAUGUUUGAAAUAUUAAAAAUAUUAGUUGUUAUAUUACAGCACCAACUUGAAAUGCUAAGCUCUCUCCAUCACUGUUUACAAGAUGGUAUCUUCAUGGAGAAUUUGUGUUACAAUAGCAAGAAGACUCACUAGAAAUGUUAAAUUGCUAGUAGCAUUAUGUGUAUUGGCUGCAGUGUUAUUUUAUUUAAAGUAUGCAACAAGAAAAUUUGACCAUCAUGUAGAUAUUAGUAAAAAUGAGUUUGACGGAAUUAUAGUUAAAAAAAGUAGUAACAAACUUGAUAAAUAUAACUACAAAAAUUCAUUUCAGAAUGACACCAAUAUAAUCGUCCAUGGUGAUAUUUAUAAAAGUCUUGUAAAUGGUAAAACGGGAAAGCCUCGUGUGGACAACAUAAAGUCAAAGCUUUGUUAUAAUAUUCAUGCAUUCUACUAUCCCUGGUAUGGAAAUCCAUCUCGUGAUGGUGAGUAUGUGCAUUGGAAUCACAAAUAUCUCCCACAUUGGGAUAAAAGAAUUGCACAGAAGUAUCCAUUAGGUCGCCAUAUCCCCCCUAAUGACAUUAGUAGCAAUUUUUAUCCAGUAUUAGGGCCAUAUAGUAGUGGUGAUCCAGAUGUUAUACUAGACCAUAUGGAGCAACUGUCUUUGGCUGGUGUUGGAGUUAUUGCUGCUUCAUAUUACCCACCUGGGAAAGCUGAUGAUAAUGGUAAGGAUUGGGCACACAUUUUUCCGCUUCUUUUACAAGCUGCUGAAAGUUUUAAAAUCAAACUAACAUUUCAAAUAGAACCCUAUGAAGGUCGAUCAGAAUCAACAGUAUUAGAAGAUAUUAAAAAUAUUGUAGAAAGUUACUCUGCAUAUCAAUCAUUUUAUAAGUUUAGUUACAAAAAGAAAACUCUUCCUUUGAUUUAUAUAUAUGACUCGUACCAUAUUCAAUCGAGUGAUUGGUCUAAAUUAUUAAAACCUGGCCCAUUAUCAAUGCGCAAUGGUCCAUAUGAUGCUUUUGUUAUUGGUUUAGUUGUUGAAUCUAAAGAUAAGUUUGAGAUGGUUAAUGCUGGAUUUGAUGGAUUUUAUACAUACUUUGCUUCAAAUGGCUUUACGUAUGGGUCAACUAGGGGUAAUUGGAAAGCUUUAAAAAAUUUCGCUGAUGCUAAUCAAUUGUUAUUUAUACCAAGUGUUGGACCUGGUUAUGUCGAUACAAGGGUGCGACCUUGGAAUAGCGAAAAUACAAGAAGUCGACUUAAGGGAAAGUAUUAUUCUGAAUCAUGGAAAGAAGCUUUAGAACAGAACACAGAAUUAAUAUCAAUAACAUCGUUCAAUGAAUGGCAUGAAGGGACACAAAUUGAAAAAGCAGUCCCAAAAAGAAUUGAUGGAUUCAAGUAUUCAGAUUACAAACCAUUUGAGCCAGAAUACUACUUGGAUUUGACAAGAGAUUUUAUAAAAACAUUUAUGCGCAAGAAAAUACUCUAGGUUUCGUUGUUGUUUCUCAUUCUUGUUUAUUUUUCAAGGCUUUUACUUUGUUUUAAGUAAGUAUGGCAGGUAAAAAAACGUUUCUAUGUGGUG